AUGACUGACACUGUAUUCAGCAACAGCUCUAGCCGUUGGAUGUGUCCUAGCGACCGACCGCUGCAGUCAAAUGAUAAAGAACAGCUCCAGGCAGGCUGGUCCGUCCAUCCCAGCGGUCAGCCCGACAGACAGAGGAAGCAGGAAGAGCUGACAGAUGAGGAGAAGGAAAUCAUCAACAGAGUCAUUGCUCGAGCUGAGAAAAUGGAAGAGAUGGAGCAGGAGCGAAUUGGGCGCCUGGUGGACCGUCUGGAGAACAUGAGGAAGAAUGUGGCCGGGGAUGGGGUGAACCGCUGCAUCCUGUGUGGAGAACAGUUAGGAAUGCUGGGCUCCGCCUGUGUGGUGUGUGAGGACUGUAAGAAGAAUGUCUGCACCAAGUGCGGGGUGGAGACCUCCAAUAACCGCCCGCAUCCCGUGUGGUUAUGCAAAAUCUGCAUGGAGCAGAGAGAGGUGUGGAAGCGAUCUGGAGCAUGGUUCUUCAAGGGCUUCCCCAAACAGGUCCUCCCACAGCCUAUGCCCAUAAAGAAGACCAAGCCCCAGCAACCUGUCAGUGAACCUGCUGCUCCUGAGCAGGUCACCCCUGAGCCCAAGCAUGCGGCCCGGGCUCCGAGCCGAGGUGACACUGAAGACAGGAGGGGCCCAGGUCAGAAAACAGGUCCUGAACCAGCCUCCGCUCCCGGGCGAGGAAGCUAUGGGCCUCCUGUGUGCAGGGCCUCCGACGCACGCAUGAGCUCAACUAGCCGGGACUCAGAGAGCUGGGACCACGGCCACGGUGGGGCUGCCGGCGACUCCAGCCAGGGCCCAGCAGGUUUGCGACGGGCCAACUCCGUGCAGGCCUCCAGACCCGCCCCCGCCACCAUGCAGAGCUCCGCACCGCCCCAGGCUGCACAGCCAGGGCCUCCAGGAGGUAGCAAACCCGGCCCUGGACCCACAGGACGCUUUCCAGAUCAGAGACCAGAGGUGGCUCCCGGUGACUCUGGCUAUGCCGGGGCCACUGCCCCGCCAAGGGAGGAGAGAACGGGGGGAGUUGGGGGCUACUCAGCAGCUGGAGCCAGGGACGACCGAGCAGGCCCCCCAACGGGCCCCUAUUCCCAAGCCUCUGCUGCUGCCCCCCAGCCUGCCGUGGCCCCUGCCCGCCAGCCCCCACCCCCGGAGGAGGAGGAGGAAGAAGCCAACAGCUACGAUUCGGAUGAAGCAACCACCCUGGGUGCCCUGGAGUUCAGCCUUCUCUACGACCAGGACAAUAGCUCCCUGCACUGCACCAUCAUAAAAGCCAAAGGACUGAAGCCCAUGGAUUCCAAUGGCUUGGCUGAUCCCUACGUGAAGCUGCAUCUCCUGCCGGGAGCCAGCAAGUCCAACAAGCUUCGUACGAAAACUCUGCGAAACACCCGGAACCCUGUCUGGAAUGAGACCCUUGUCUAUCACGGCAUCACAGACGAGGACAUGCAGAGGAAGACGCUCAGGAUCUCUGUCUGUGAUGAGGACAAAUUUGGCCAUAACGAGUUUAUUGGUGAGACCAGAUUUUCACUCAAGAAACUGAAGCCCAACCAGAGGAAGAACUUCAAUAUCUGUCUGGAGCGGGUGAUCCCGAUGAAGCGUGCUGGAACCACUGGGUCAGCCCGAGGCAUGGCCCUUUAUGAGGAGGAGCAGGUGGAACGUAUUGGUGACAUAGAGGAACGUGGCAAGAUCCUGGUGUCCCUCAUGUACAGCACACAGCAGGGAGGCCUCAUUGUGGGCAUCAUACGCUGCGUGCACCUGGCCGCCAUGGAUGCCAAUGGCUACUCAGAUCCAUUCGUCAAGCUCUGGCUGAAACCGGACAUGGGAAAGAAAGCCAAAUACAAGACUCAAAUAAAGAAGAAGACCUUGAACCCUGAGUUUAAUGAGGAGUUUUUCUAUGACAUCAAACAUAGUGACCUGGCAAAGAAGUCCUUGGACAUCUCGGUCUGGGACUAUGACAUCGGCAAGUCCAACGAUUACAUCGGGGGCUGCCAGCUGGGGAUCUCGGCCAAGGGAGAACGCUUGAAACACUGGUACGAGUGUCUGAAAAACAAGGACAAGAAGAUUGAGCGCUGGCACCAGCUACAGAACGAGAACCACGUGUCGAGCGAUUAGGAUGGGCCCCCAGGUCCCCAGCUCCAUGCCCCACCCCGUGCCAGGUCACCCGCCAGCCUGACCCUGCCGCCCUUCGCACUCUGGCCUCUCUUCUCUCUGCCCCCCCACCCCCCUCCCUCCCCAAGCCUGCCUUUGAGGUGCCCCCUGACCUUGGGCACUGCUGCCAAAGACGUUUCUCCUCCGUCUGCGAUGCUGUGGUGCGGGGCCUGACUGCAGCCCCUCUCUGGUCCCUCCAGGAUGGAGCAGGAGGGAGAGGAAGGUGGAGAUUUGUACAAGGAGGCUGGAAUUUAACAACCUUUCUGUCUGGGGAAACUACAAAGGUUCUUCAUCAUUUAGGACUGUUUUUAGAACCUCCUGGCCUUGA